CUCGCGAUACUACCCCUCCUCUCGCAGGAGAGGAACCGACCCGGAAGUGAGAAACGGUUUUUCUUGAGGGCUCAGCAGGCUACCGAGCUAACGAGCUAACAAAGAUAACUAUCCGACUAAUUAACGGUGCAGCCCGGUUUCCAGGUUCAUAGACUCACGACCCGAAGAAUCAAGAUGACAGCCGCACCUUACAACUACUCCUACAUCUUCAAAUACAUCAUCAUCGGUGAUAUGGGAGUCGGAAAGUCGUGUCUGCUGCAUCAGUUCACAGAGAAAAAAUUCAUGGCCGACUGUCCUCACACCAUCGGGGUGGAGUUCGGCACCAGGAUCAUGGAGGUGCACGGUCAGAAGGUGAAGCUCCAGAUCUGGGACACGGCCGGACAGGAGAGGUUCAGGGCCGUCACCAGGUCCUACUACCGGGGGGCCGCGGGGGCCCUCAUGGUCUAUGACAUCACCAGGAGAAGCACCUACAAUCAUCUGAGCAGCUGGUUGACGGACGCCAGGAACCUGACAAACCCAAACACAGUGAUCAUUCUGAUCGGGAACAAGGCCGAUCUGGAGGCGCAGAGAGACGUGACGUACGAGGAGGCGAAACAGUUCGCUGAGGAGAACGGUCUGCUGUUUCUAGAGGCCAGUGCAAAGACGGGGGAGAACGUGGAGGAGGCCUUCCUGGAGGCGGCAAAGAGGAUCUACCAGAACAUCCAAGAUGGCAGCCUGGACCUGAACGCUGCCGAGUCGGGGGUCCAGCACAAACCCUCGGCGCCGCAGGGGGGGCGCCUCAACGCCGACAGCCAGCCGGCCAAGGAGGGCUGCAGCUGUUAACCACGGACAUGAACCCACAGACCCAUGAAACAGACCGACCGACGCACAGAGACGGACCCGACACCCGACACCCGAGACCCCCGACCCCCCCAGGCAUUAGCCACGUCCACGGCUGGAUCACAUUUAGAUGUAGCCGACAUUCAACCCCCCCACAUCCAAUCAAACCUGUACCAGCUUCAGCUAAAUCAUGACGCCCUAAAUCCUCCUUCACUACCGUCUGGACCAGUUACAGGUUCUCGUCAGUGUUAAACCAGUCACGGGUCGGACCUCGUUAGACCUCGUUAGACCUCGUUAGACCUCGUUAGACCCAAAAUAAUUCACAUCAAAUCUUCAAACCCAGAAUAGAGGAGAUCCAACUCUUCUCUUCUUCCAUCGUGUUUAUUUGUGACUUCCCUCAAAACUUCUUAAACUAGUUCGGCCCUGAUCCGGGACCUGGUCUUUCCUGGACCCUCCUCAGUGGUUCUUUGGACUCCAAAUUAACAAACGACCUACGGCCUAAACGGAUCUGGAUCUAAGGCUCGACUCAGAUCAGCUCGACUCGGACUCAAAUCAAAGACAAACUUCAAACUCACCAAACAUCUGCUCUGCUUCUCUCCAUCACCUUCAAACUCACCUGGGUUCCUUCCUCACCAGUCCUCUUCCCUGAGUUCUACGUGGACCGGAGACCGGUUCCAGGUCAUGUUCAGUCCGACUCCCGGUGGGUUCCUUCCUGAAGGUUUAGAUCUAGGAUUGUUGAGUUCCCUCAACUAGAAAAUACAAACUGGUGUUAAAUUCUGGAGUUUGUAGAAAACUAGUUUAGAAACGUUGGUGAAGGAGAAGAGGUUUUCUGGACCAGGACCAGGGCCAGGACCUGGACCACUCAGAGUCCAUCUAGAUCCAGGUCUCAGUCCACGUAGAACACGGUGGAACCAGUCACACUUUGCCUUUUUUAGUUUGAGUUUUAUUCUGGGUGGUUCUGAGGAGACGACUCGAUCAGGACACGGUUUUAUUCGCUUCUUCUCGUUUGUUGUCGAUGUUUUUAACCAAAUAUAAGAACAGAAUGUUUUUCCCUCUCACUCUUUUUAUUCCUGGUUUUCUUUCACCUUCGUCUGACUCGGUUCCUCUGGUUCCACCGCGGAGGAACCGACGCCUUCGCUGUCCUCAAGUGCUUUAAAUGGACAGGAAGGAGCUGAGAGUGAAUGUAGUUAAAGGUCUGUGGAGAAGGAACCGAUGGACGAACGCGUCUUUUAUCGACACUAAACGAAUGAACCGAGGCUGAAGUGACGUCUGGAUUCAUUUCUCCCUCUGAUCAUUAACUAAACUCAGCUCUGUUAAUAUUUCAUCCUUUACAUUCGUUACGUUUCUUUGAAUUAUCUAAGAAACCGACAGGAAAUAAAAAUGGUUCAAUGUUUGUAAAAGACGAAGAGAACGAGUCACAAUCAGACAAAGUCCUAAAGUUAUUAUUCUAAAAGUCACCGUUUAAUUUGUGUAACUUUAUUAGAAUUUGAUUUUUUUAUUUAUCUCUGAUUUCUUUAACUUUUUUUUUUUUUUUUUUUAGCGCCGUCUACGUCGUCUUUAUCUGUUUCCUGUUUCUUUUCUCAUCAACCUGCAUGAAAUAUUCACCAGGAAGAAAAAAAAAUACUUUUAAAAACGUAAAUUGAGUUUGUUUCCUCGUGUUUUAGAGAUUUUAAAAGUUUUGCUGGGACCAAAGAGUCAAAAUGAACUUUAACCGUAAAAUAAAAGCAACUAAUCGUGCGUUUUAAAAACUAACGUGACAUAAUUCAGAUGAAGAGCUGUUGAAUUAUUCUGUUCAGAUUGAACCUGUUUGUCUCUGGCUGUAAAAUACUCUGUACAUUUAUUAUUUUUGUGUUUGAUUUUCUUUCUUCUUCUGUUGUAUCAUUGAUUGUUGGAUGCGGGGACUCGGUUAUGUGUAAAUAAAGUAUAUAUGAAUCUGAAUAUA